AUGGCCAUGUCUGGGGUGCCGAAGUCAUGGAUGGGCCAUCCGAAGGAGUACACUGCGUUGACUGAUAUUCUUUCCGCUUACUCGUCGGCCUUUGGGAACUCGGAUGAUCUUGAUAAACAACUCUUCUCUUCCCCAGAUUGGUACUCUGUCUUCUACCCAUCGACAUCAGAUUCUCAUUUGGACUUUCACCUGCUACAUCACCCUUCCCCAACAAUCAACGCACAACACCCUCGAAAGCCUGCUACAGCCAUGAUGAACCAACAUAGUUUUCCGGGAAAUCACAUCCCUCUUGUGGAUGAUAAACGCUACGGGCCCCUCCGAGUGGAAGAUCAUAGCGCGACUGCGUAUUCACAGAGCGUGUCUCCCUUCGCAACACGGCACGACCUGAACAGCACUCUUUCAAGCAACGGAAGCACUUAUUGUGAAUCUGACCUUGAGUCGCUUGAGCAAUAUGAUGAGCCUUCUGUCGCUCGCACUGUGGAUACACACGCUGGGCUGGUUCAUCCAACACCACGGAGCAGCAUGUUCAUGGUUGCUGGCAAUUCCUUCCUCUUAGGCACUGAGGAAACCUCUUCUCUUUCAUCCUUUGGAGUCUCAGAUAUCCCAAGGGACGAGCAAGCCUUCUCCAACUCUCAGUUCAAUGUCCCAAACCCAAACAACGCGAACUGUCCCAUGGGUACACCUUUCAAUCCUCACCCACAACACGCACAUCUCACGCCAUCGAUCACCCCUCCAGAUGCAAAACCAGUGGAUUAUGAUCAACAUAUCUCAUGGCCUGUCUGUCAAUCAGCCAACCCUGAUAUCUGGUAUCCCACCCGUGACCCCAACGGCUCAUCCGAAGACAGCGGAUGGCACACCCACAACAGUUACAGUGCACCUUGGCCCGUCACCAAUGCAUACACCUGCCCAGCAGAAUGUAAUGAACCUGCAACUCAUGCCUAUGGAAUGAGUAGUGGACUACCUAUGCCAUCUUUUGGAUCUCCAUUUGUCCCUUUGGGCUCAUCCACACCCAUAACCCACCAGUCAUAUAUGCCAGCUUAUGUGCCCACUGUUGAGGCUCCUGCUCGGUAUCAUCCUACACCGCAGCCAAUGUAUCUUCCAAGCACACAUCCAGUUUCCCCCAACACAGAAUUUGGAUCCCCAGACCAGAAACCAGCGAACAGUCUCAGCCCAUCCUUCUCCGUCUCAACCAACGAAGAGGAACAAUCCCCACAAGAGAGUGGAGAAGAGCAAAGCGGCAUUUACACUGGCCUGCACUACAGUGAUGAGCGUAACACAUUCCUCAUCGACUGCAAGCGCCGUGGACUAUCAUACAAGGACAUCAAGCGAGUUGGUCGGUUCAAGGAGGCGGAGUCUACACUACGAGGCCGAUAUCGCACCCUCACCAAGUCUAAAGAUCAGCGAGUGCGAAAGCCUAAAUGGCAGGAUAAAGAUAUCCGACUUCUUUGCGAAGCAGUCAGCAUUCACGGUGAAACACAUGACGCUUACAACUCGCUCACCAACAUCAGCAUGAACAUGAGCGAGCCACCGAAGGUAUCUUGGAAGAAGGUUGCUGAACACAUUUGGCGUAAUGGCGGAUCUUACCAUUUUGGUAAUGCCACAUGCAAGAAGAAGUGGUGCGAGAUUCACAACAUCACCAUUUGA